UGGAUGACCAGUGUUGCGCAUGUUUUGAUAUAAAGCUGGUUAUCAAAUUUCAGUGCUCACAAGUCUCGUUGAUUCUUAGUGCGCAACAUGGAGAAAAUGUUCCUCGUCGUUCUGUUCGCACUCUCAACUACGGUGCAAGGCUUGGAAAUUCAACUGGGCAACGCAAACCUCAGUUUGACACGCGACGCAUCUUGUUGCGGACCUCCAGCAGCCCAACGCUCUGAUUCGCAGUGCCGAUGCGAUACUUUCUGUUCUGUCUACGGCGACUGCUGUCUUGAUUACCCGCUGUUCCGCACCGACGCGGACACGAAUGCAACGGUGUCCGGAGCGAGUGCCAACUGCACCGAGGCAUGGAGAUCGGGAAACCUGACUUCGAGAGAGGGCGGCAUGACAGGAGAAGGAUGCAAGGUGUGGGAGUCGGACGAAGCAGGGAUCGUUAACGAGGUCGUACUAGAGUACCAGUGCCUACUGAAGGCGUUGUGGGAGCCAGUCAUUCUUCGGCGCAGCACGACUCGUCGAUUUGUCUCAGCUCCGGCCCGCGUCACUAAAAAACAGUACAGAGUCCGGCUACUCCAAGACUGCGGGCCGGACGCUUCGGCUGAGGACGACGAGGCCUGCUUGCGCGACCGUUCUAUUGGAAGUAUUCAAGACCUCCAUGACGUCAUAUCGCUCCUUCCAGUGACCGCUAGGGACGGUUUACAUUACAAGAACUUGUACUGUGCUCGUUGUCAUGGUUACGACUCCCGUGACGUCAUCUUCUGGUCUCUGCGGCUGUAUUGUCGUCCGCAUGACCUGGAUGUCACCGCCUUCUUCAGCACUAACAUAUCUGUGGUGGCUGACAACUGUUUGAUUUCACACAUUGACAAACCAACUGAGAUUCCAUGGGAUCACGCGGAAACUCGCCUCCCAGCCGUUGUGUUAUUUCGUUGCGAUGAUUCGCCUGAGAACGCCUACAACGCGGCCGCAUGUCACGCCUACUCUUUGCCCACAAACGACUACCCGAACCCGCACUGUAAAAUGUGCAUCGGCACCAACGGCACUGCGGGAAACGGCACUAUUUCAGAUUCAAAUGGUCAUGAAAUGAAGUGUAACGAUUGGCUGUGUAACGGUAUGGUACGGCCACUCAGUGUGCUAUUCGAUUUCUCUCCCACGACGGGGACGAGUCUAUCCUUACACGGGCAGUCCCCGACGUUCAUCGUGCCCGAUUGCGAACACGGCCAGGUCUAUGAUACCUCCACAGGCAGUUGCCGCCCCUUCUACUGUCCGUCGGGACAGACGGUUGCAGAUGACGGUUUGACGUGUGCAUCGCUAGGGAACCAGACCACGCAGUGUACGAGCAGAGCAGAAAUCAUGGGCGAGGAUGAGGUCGUCAUUCUGGAAGUCUCACUCGCGAGUGAAGUGUCCAAGCAUGACUCCAGAUGGAGUGUCAUCGUGAAGCACCUCCGACAGAUACUAGAUGAUCAGAUAAAAGAAUACAAUAUGCAAGUAGAUUCUUACAGCCGACCAACCUCCGAUCAUAAUUGUUCUCUUGUGACUCCGUACGCGUAUACUUUAAUCUUCACAAGUCACACGCCUAACACAACCAUAAAAUCACUUGCUCAGUCCACAGCAGAAGCCCUGGGUGAUCAAUGCUGGACAAUUUCAAACCUAACAUUUGCCAUUUUGGAGUUGACAUUGAAGAAUUUCGAGCGUGGUAUCCUGACGAACAACUGCGCGAAACGAGGACAGGAAACAGAGGAGCGACCCUUGGAAAACUUUACCGAGUUGACUGUCGACAACGUCCCCUACAUUAAAAUCAUGACAGGCAGCAACGAGACAAUGACCUGUCCGUCCCUCGAUACCUGUCAAGAUCUAACUGUAGGGAGGGAAUUCCAAAUGAAACAGUCCGUAUUUUCGUGCAUUACCAAAUUGUACUGUCCCAUCUUUGUGCUGAAUUCAAGCGAGGUAAGCCGAGUCACCGACAACGGAACAACGUUUGCUGUGCACGAAGCUACUGGACGGAACUUCUCCGUAGACGACUUUAUUGAGAUGACUGGAGGGGAUAUUGCGGUUUGCCGGUUCCCGCUCCCAACAGAUUCCCCGAUAGAUCAUCCCGACCCCAGGCCCACUGAGAUUCUAUUUUCAUUGGUUGGCAUCACAGUAUCGGAGGUGUUUCUGCUGCUCUCCCUGCUGAACUACUACAUGUUUCCGGAACUCAGAAAAUUGCCAGGGAAAAACAUGAUCAGCUUCAUCGUGGCCACCUUUUCGCUGCAGAUGAUUUUCCUUCUCGGUCGAGGAUCGCCUCUCUCUCAAUACACCCUGACAAGCGAGGCCUCCUGCUUCGCCUUCGCUGUCCUCACCCACUACCUCUUGUUGGCAGUGUUCGUCUGGAGCAACGUGGUCUCUCUUCACUUCGUGCGCACGUUUGGCGGCCGUCUCCGCCCGACGGCUGCCGAGUCGUCGCGGCAGCAACGCCGCACGUUCUUGUUUUACUCCCUGUAUGGCUGGGGCGCGCCUGCUGUACUGGUCGGGGCGAGCUGCGCUGUACAUUUCACGGCUGACAUCAACGGCCUGCUGGAGAACGUCUACGGCAACGACUGCCUGAUCUAUGGCGGGAUACUCUACUUCUUCGCCAUUCCGGCUGCUGUUCUGAUGGGUCUAAACGUGAUGUUCUUUGUUUGGACGGUCGUGGGGAUCAAGAGAACGAGACGAGCCGCAAGCUUUGCUAGGAGGGAGAAGGGACGGUUGGAGAUGAUCAAGAUGGAUUUCAAUCUGUGUAUCAAGAUUUCAGUGGCCACUGGCAUGUUGUGGCUCGUGGUCUUCGUCCUGGGCAGCUUACAAAUCCAAGGCUUGUCCUACCUGAUAAUCAUCGACUUCACGCUGCAAGGGCCGCUGGUCUUCUUCGCGUUUGCCUUCACCGGCCGAGUGCGAGGGCUGUGGCGGAAGAAGUUGGGCUCGAGCGCCACCAAGCGGUCACUGCAGCGAGACAGUCAGGACCGUACCACUGGCUCAUCAUCAGGAGGUACGAGUAGUUCGUUGGAGGGGCUGGUGCGUAGUAACGCUGAUACGAUUCGAUUCUCGCAGUCAGAGUCUGUCAGCAAAGUUGAGAGCACAUUCAUCAACCCUUUGUACGAUAUGGUGGAUAAGAGAGAGUUUAAUGACUCUAAAUGCAACAUGAUACUGUAGGUCCGGCUUUGUAGAUUGCACAUUUAAAAUCCACAGCCUUUGUAGAGGAUUUACACUCACAGUACCAGCGUACUCUCUUUUUUUAAACUUGAAAUUAAUUCCGCAUUCCCUGUUGUUUAUGAGCAUUUUGAAUGUGCAUGACAUUACAUCAACGUGACAUUGUACUAGCAUUUCAGCUUCAGAAAAUAUAGGCCUACUGGACGUC